AUGCCAUCUGAUAAUCUUCCAUACGCCGCUGAUGCCGAAAGCCCUCUGAAGGAGGCCGAACUCGCCGUUCUCCGAAGACAGUACGAGGGCGAGGGUCAGUUCGUCGGCGUACAGACCAAAUUCAACUAUGCCUGGGGUCUGAUCAAGAGCGACAAGCGGGUUGAGCAGCAGUUGGGCGUUAAGUUAUUGACCGAUAUAUUCCGAGACCACCCAGAACGCCGUCGCGAGUGUCUGUACUAUCUCGCGCUCGGAAACUACAGACUCGGAAACUACGCCGAGGCAAGAAAGUACAAUGAAGCGCUGCUCAACCACGAACCACAGAACCUGCAGAGUCAGAGCUUAAGGACACUGAUCGACGAUAAGGUUGCUAGAGAGGGUCUCCUUGGCGUUGCGAUUAUCAGCGGUGUUGCUCUUGCGGCAGGCGUGGUUGGGAGUGCUCUAUGGAGAGGUAUGGCCAAGAGACGGUGA